AGAGAUUUUUGCUGUGAGAAUUAACAGUAACGGUUCAAUAUGGGGGACAUUCUGGCUCAUGAAUCAGAAUUACUUGGACUAGUGAAAGAGAUAAUCAAGAUGCUCCAAAUUUGUAAGAAGUGCUGCCAUUAGAGGAUGUUGGACUAUUUCCGGGGACCGGGGCACAGCGACUCUUAGACUGUACAGAUGUUUAUGGAUAAAUGAGCAAUGUCAUUUUCAAAUCUCUGUAUCCUAGGAAAUGGGUGGCAACAUAAGAUCUUUCACAUACAUUUCUUGGCAAGAAGAAACCGUGCAAUGCUUAGAAACUAAGACUAAUGUGGUCCCCAUUCUGAGGAGUUUUAGGUUAUGAAUUCCAGGUACUGGAGACACAGCAAUGAACAAAACAAAACAAAAUCUCUGCCCUCAUGGUGCUUGCCUUCUAGUUCGGGGAGGUCGGAGGGGGCAGGGAGCAAGAGCCAUAUGCAAGGCAGCAUCCUUUCAAAGCAAGGCCUGGGCAGCGGUGAGCCUGUGGCAGUGGGCUGCAAAGGGCAGGUAUUACAUGGUCCUCAACUCUCAGGGUUAGACAGGAUCUUAAAAGUCCUCAUUUCAACCAUUAUUUGAUGCUCCACCCCAUUUGUAACAUUCUAGGUAAGUGAUUGAUUCACCGUGAAUACAUCCAGUGACAAGAGAACAUACCGUUUCCUGAGGCAGCGUAUUUCAGAUUUGCGUGAUUUUAUUAUUUUAAUAAAUUUAUUUGUUUCAAUAUACAUACUUCUAAGAAAAAUAUGAGACUCUGUUUGAGAGUCCCACUGAGUAGCUGGAGGUCAGGCCACAGCCUGACUCCCCAGUGGCCUGGCACGGGGUACCAUUGAGCAGGGGCACCGUCGCAAUGGCCCCCGACCCAGUGCCCCUCCAGUCCUCAUGCACCUGGAUUCUGAGCUGCCACCGCUUCAGACGCAGGCUCUUCUGUCAGUGAUGCAUCGGGCAGCCUGAUGAUAGCUCCCAACCCUGGAGCACACUUUUCAGAACGUGAAACAAGAAUCUAGUCAUUAUUAGACAUGGAAACAGAGGCUGUACUUAACUUGAAAGACCUUGAAACUUUCUGAUAGUGAGAAGCCUGUCUUUUCUGCUCAUUCAGUAAACAGCUGUGUCCUGCCAUUACAGAUUUCCCAAACAAUAAUACCUGGAGCAGUGACUUAGGGACAUUUGUGAAGUUGGCACUCAGCAAAGGGAGAGUUUCCCUAAGCACAGUUCUGUAAGAAUGUGUGUGUGUGUGUGUGUGUUUAUAGGUGAUUAUUGGUGGUAUGUAAAUUUCCUGAUCUUCAUAAUGCUGGCUGUGAUCAUGGUUUACAUCUGAGAAGUUAAUAUUUUGUGACCCUAUGAGUUGUAACACUGGAUUGCUCUAUGUGUAGAUAUUACUUUAAAUGCAGGGACCAUUUCCAGGUACAGAAUAUGAUUCAUAAAUUGGGAGUAUAAUGGCACAGCAAAGGUUUGUAGUCCCAGGUCUACAAAGGUAGAGUUUAGAAUAAAGUGUAGAUGGGCCAUUGGACACAUAGACUUCCUUUGCCAAGCCAUUUAUGAAAGUACCUUGACUCCAAGCUUUAAAAUACCCACGAGAGUCUGCGGUCACCUCAUUCACACAGUCACUGGACCUCUCGCAGGACAGUCCUCCCCAGAGUGGCUCGUGGGGUUCGCUCAGAGCUCAGCCGAGAAGGACCUCCUUGCUGCGUUUGACAGUGGAGACCAGAAGGUGUUCUUCGAUUUGUGGGAGGGGCACAUCCCCAGUUCCAUCCGGGCUGGCGACUCCCUCGCCCAGAAGUUGGAAUUCUACCUACACAUCCACUUUGCCAUCUAUCUUCUGAAACACUCCACAGGGAGACCUGACAAAGAGGAACUGGAUGAAAGGAUUUCUUAUUUCAAAACCUACCUGGAGACCAAAGGGGCAGCGCUGAGCCAGACCACGGAGUUUCUCCCUUUCUAUGCCCUGCCUUUUGUUCCCAAUCCCAUGGUCCACCCCUCAUUUAAAGAGCUUUUCCAGGAUCCUUGGACUCCAGAAUUAAAGUUGAAGUUGGAAAAGUUUCUGGCUUUAAUUUUUAAAGCCAGUAACACGCCGAAGCUUUUAACAUUAUAUAAGGAGAAUGGACAAACCAACAAAGAAGUGUUGCAGCAGCUCCACCAGCAGCUGGUAGAAGCUGAGCGUAGGUCAAUGACGUACUUGAAACGGUACAAUAAGAUCCAGGCGGACUACCACAAUCUCAUCGGAGUCACAGCAGAGCUGGUGGAUUCUCUGGAGGCCACAGUCAGUGGCAAGAUGAUCACCCCCGAGUACCUGCAGAGCGUCUGCGUCCGCCUCUUCAGCAACCAGAUGCGGCAGAGCCUGGCGCGCAGCGUGGACUUCACGAGGCCCGGCACGGCUUCAACCAUGUUAAGAGCCUCCUUGGCACCCGUGAAAUUGAAGGAUGUCCCAUUACUGCCCUCCUUGGAUUAUGAGAAACUGAAGAAGGAUUUGAUUUUGGGGAGUGACCGCUUGAAAGCCUUCUUGUUGCAGGCUCUGCGCUGGCGCUUGACCACAUCACACCCUGGAGAGCAGAGGGAGACCGUUCUGCAGGCCUACAUCAGCAACGACCUCUUGGACUGUCACAGCCAUAGCCAGAGGAGUGUGCUGCAGCUGCUGCACUCAAAGAGCGAGGUGGUGCGGCAGUACAUGGCCAGGCUCGUCAACGCUUUUGCAUCCCUGGCAGAAGGUCGCCGCUACCUUGCCCAGAGCACAAAGGUGCUGCGGAUGCUGGAAGAGAGGCUGAAGGAGGAAGACAAGGACGUCAUCACCCGGGAGAACAUCCUCGGGGCCUUGCAGAAGUUCAGCCUCAGGCUGUCUCAUCCUAGGCGCCCACUGCAGACAGCGAUGAUUCAAGAUGGCCUCAUCUUCUGGCUGAUUGACGUCUUGGAGGAGCCUGACUGCCUGUCAGACUACACGCUUGAGUACUCGGUGGCCCUGCUCAUGAACCUCUGCCUCCGGAGCACAGGGAAGAACAUGUGUGCCAAGGUGGCGGGCCUCGUGCUGAAAGUUCUUUCGGAUCUGCUCGGCCAUGAAAACCGUGAGAUACAGCCGUAUGUGAAUGGAGCUCUGUACAGCAUCCUUUCUAUUCCAUCCAUUCGUGAAGAAGCAAGAGCAAUGGGAAUGGAAGACAUCCUUUGCUGCUUCAUCAAAGAAGGCAAUGCUGAAAUGAUCCGCCAGAUUGAAUUUAUCAUCAAGCAGCUUCAUUCAGAAGAGCUGCUGGACGGUGUUCCUGAAUCUGAUGAUGACGAAGAUGAAGACGAUGAAGAGGACCAUGACACUAUGGAAGCCGAUCUGGACAAAGAUGAACUGAUCCAGCCCCAGCUUGGAGAGCUCUCAGGCGAGAAGCUUCUGACCACGGAGUACUUGGGAAUCAUGACCAACACGGGGAAGGUGAGGCGAAAGGGGGCGGCCGGCGUGCAGUGGGGCGGCCCUGAGCCCCUGUGCCGGCCCAUCACUCCCGGCGGCCACAGGACCGGGUACCCAGUGCUGGAAGACCAUCCCAUCUCUCCCCAGAUGGCCAAACAUGCCAGAAACAGCUGCCUCCCGUCUCUGCCAAAUGCCCACCGUCCAGUCUGCAAGGGGGUCAUGCCUGGUCCUGAGCCUUGCACUUCCUCCUCAUCCGCCAUCGAUGCCAAGUCGGGAGAGUGGUUGCCAGCAGGACGUCAGGGAGAGCCUCACCUGCCCCCAGCGGGGGGCCCGAGCCAGCCUAGGGAGGUGCCCUGUGCCCUGGACAGUGGCGAGAUCACCAGGGAGUUUACACCAGGCUUCGCCUACAAGCCCCGGGCCCCCUGCAGCCCGGAGAUCCUGGACCUGAACCCACCCAAGGCCAAGGCAUCGGCUCUGGCCCCUCAUUUCUCCUCGUGUGGCCCACAGCAGGCCAGCCGCCCCGGCUCCACAGCGUCCGCCACGAGGAGCCUGCAAAGGACCGGUUCUUCACUCAUCUUUCUGUUUAUGAAAUUGCCCUUGGCCUCAGCGGCUCAUACACAGAUGGGCGGAAUGACACCCUCCAGGCAGUGCCACUCGGAGACAAGAUCCCCCUGCGUGGGGCUUGCAGGUCAACCCCGAAAUCCGAACCGGCCUUCUGGUGGGAAGCAGCCAGCAGCAGCUCAGGGUGGCCUCGAAAUCAGACAGAAGCAGGUGCUUCCUCGCAGGCUGGGCGGAGGGGUCGCCCGAGGGACCGAGGGGUGGGGGUGUCCAAGGGCCCCCCUCUGUCCCUGGAGCCCCCCUCCGGCCCUUUUACUAGCGGUAAAGACCGCUUCUCUGUCCCCAGCCCGUCAGCUAGUUGACCACACCCCUCCACUCCCCAGCUGAGCCCGUAACUUUCUAAAGGGCUUUACUAAAAAUAAGGGAAAACAAAAGAGAAACCGAACAAAAGAACGUCAAGCGGCACAGAAUCAGUCACUCUCAGGAUGUAUGCAGGCCUGUGGCCAGCCCCUUCCCUUCCUGACGCGGCCCUGGGCGCUCUGGCCAGCCGGGGAGCCGUUGGGCUGGGAGCGUGUAAAUGGGCCGAGGCUGGGAAGCCCGCGGGGCCCUUCCCCUUCUUUCAGCGCCCCUCUGCUGGGAAACACACGCGGGGCCCCAGCCCGGCCUCCCCACCGCGGUGCUUCCGCACACAGGUCCGGAGGAAAUGCCGGCGAGUACCGUGGGGGGCGGGGGGGGGCGCGGCCAGGAUAGGGGCAGGCAGGCCGCCCAUCCCUGCCCGGCCUCCGGGCUGCAGCAGGCCGGGCGCCCCGGCUCUCAUAACCACGGUGGCAGCACCCGGCAGCGGACGGGCUGGCCGGCGCACGGGGUGGGGAGCAGCAGAUACGCGUCCCUGGGCCUCAACAGACACAGGCGCGCGGCCGGCGGAGCUCACUGAGUCCCCGCACCGGGCAGCCUCCUUCCUGUAAGGAACGAGCGUGGCCGCCCGACUCAGGCCCUGGCCGCAGAGCAGGUGACCCGGGAGGGAAGGUUCUCCUGUUGAAAGGAGGGCUUGUGUGGGACAGAGGGGGCUCUGUGCUGAGACCGGCCUGGCGCUGGCAGCUUGCCUAGAUUUUCUUCUCCAGGCGGCCAGUCUUCCAGGAAGUGAGGCUGGGUUCUUCCCCGGUGUCACCAUCCCGUUGCCCAGUGACCAGCCAACUUCCUGCCCUCAGCCAGCCAGCAGCUGCAGGUGACAGAUGUGAAGAGACAGUUGUCAGUGAGCCGCCAGGUGGCUUCAGGGGCUGAGGGGGACAGCCCUCCAGGCAUCCAGGACCAGGCCCACCACAGCCCAUGCCCCAGGGUCCUGCCACCGCCCUUCCUGCCCGCCCUCCCCCUGGCACCCAGCUGGGGGGGGCAGCACAGCCAAAUCCAUGAGCCCGUCCAUCUCGUCCAUCUCGGGAGCUUCUGCGGAGGAGCCGGAGCCAGACAGCUCGGCCGGAGACGGGAUCCUGGCCUCGGCGGAAACUGGCCCCCCUCACCCAGACCGAGUAUGAGGAAACAGAAGGGACUGACAGUAACAGAAACUCAUUCUCAAGCCCGCUGCCUGAGCAGCAGACUUAGUAUUUUCUUCCUCUUUUAAAAUCUGGUAAGAAUGUAGUGUGUUCCCCUCUCUGGCUGGGAAUAUGGCUAUUCCAAGGCAGCCCCGUGCUUCUGCACGUGUGUAUUAAGGACUCAGAGCUCUCCCUCCAUUAAGACCAUAAGCACAAAUAGUGCCCCAGGCAGUGUGACUGUCCCCCGCCGGUGGAGGCCUGUACUCGCUUCUUGCCGAGGGUGCCCUCAGGGCCCACGUCUGAGGACAGAGGAAGAAACUUCACUUCACUGCAGAGCCAGGAAUGUUAGUCAAGCUAGUCGCAGGGUCUGACCUCUUCUAAAACACAAAUAUUGAAAUAAAAUUAUCAGUAUUUAGAUGGUACGUGUGUGUGUGUGUGAAUAAAAUCACAUGCUGCCCCCCAGGCAGUCCGUCUGCCCUGGCCAUGCCCAUUAGUGGAGACAUUACUGUGGUCCCACUGGACGUAAAUAAAGGAUAAGCACUGCGUUUUUCAAUGGCCUUCUGACUCCUCAGGAGAGCGGGCAGAGAGGUAAACGGGAGAAUGUUGGAGCAGGCAAGAGGCCAGGUUGCCCCGGCGAUGACUGUAAACACAUCAUGGGCCAGGACCCUGGGUUAAUCUCGCAAGGUCUUGGCAGUGGUGCCAGGCUGGGCACAUUAGAACUCUGUGGUUGUGUCACUGGCCCAUCUUGAUUCUCUGGAAAUGCGUGAGCCCCUCUCUGUUCCUGGGGAAGGAGGCUGUGUGGAACACUGCCCUACCUUCUUGGGAAUGUCAGCCUCCGGGCCCUCUGAACUCCUGGCUUGACCUCUGAAGGAAUAAAGAGAAAACACGAACACUUCUCUCAGUGUUGUUGAUACGGACAAACAGGAGGAGGAGAGGCUGGGUCCCUGAAAUGGAAGCGCUCCGCGGUGAAACGUUGAAAAGGCAGUGUGUUUGCUGAUAAACAGCAGAGGAGCAUCAUGGAAAAACCUCUCCCAUUCUCUCCAGCACUGUCCACUCCCUUCAGAUUCUUCAGAUGCCACCAACUGGCACAGCCGUGCCCUGCCUUGGCGUGGGAGAAGCCCUGUCUCCAGAAUCCAGAGGGAGUGGGCGGCUCAUCUGUUACCACCCAUAGCCUCCCUGAUGCAAGGGGAACUUCUCUUUCUCCUCAAGCCUGCGGAUGAGCUCAAGUGUGAUUUGUAAAUGUCUGGCCAUUUGGGAUAAAAAAACAACGUGGGCAAACUACACUGAGGUCACCAGCAGUGGCCUGGGCGGUUCCCUGGGGACUAAACAUGGCCUCGGCCUCUGGGAGAGCCCUCUUGCAGACACACACUUCCACAUCCCAAGGCUGAUGGCACAAAAGAGACUUUGUAAAAUACCAAUGAUUUAUGCGUAAAUAUUCUAGCUCUCUGCUGCCCUAAUGGGAGGUGGAUAUGAACACUGUC